AUGACAUCCACGUUGGUUGAAACGGUGAAUAUCAACUUUGAUGAUUUCUCAGAGAAUUUUUUAACUUGCUCAACUUGCCUUCACGUUUUUGAUCAGGAAACGAGAAAGGCAAAACUAUUGCCAUGUUCACAUUCAGUGUGUCAGUCUUGCCUUCAACAAAUUGUUUGUUUGCCACCUAAUGAUGGCGUUAGUUUACGGUGUCCAUUGUGCCGCGAUAACUGUAUUUUACCUAACGGAGGUGUAAAUGCACUACCGCCUGCCUUUUUAAUAAAUCAGUUGUUAGAUGUUAUGCAGAGACAGAGAAAAGAGUUUGUUCCAUCUUGCCCUAAUCAUCCGCAAGAACAGUUAUUGUACUGUGAGUGUUGUGAUUUAGUUUUCUGUCAUCAUUGUAACACGUCUGUAAUUAAUAAGAAAUGUACUCAACAUGCUGUGUUACCAUUGUCAAUAGCUUUAAAGCGAAUGUCAGAAAUUGUAGUGUACCGUGCAAAGGGUCGUCUUCGCGCGUUAGAUUUAGCUCGCGUUGCUGUCGAUGAAGAGAUUAGUUUAUUAGACCAAAAUGUCGACAAGAUUGUUGAUCAAAUCAACGCUACGUUUCAGGAAGUAUCUAAUAUUGUUGAAAUACGCCGAAGAGAGUUGAUUGAAACAGUUCGAGUUACGCGAGACAAGAAACGCAAGGUUUUGAAAGACCAAAUUGAAAUGAUAUCAGAUGAAAAGAAGAAACUAGCUAAGGAGUUGGAUAGUUGCCAGGUUGAUGUUCGUACAAUGGGGAGACAGCUUCGUUCUUUCAACAGUAACUCUGACUUACAACUAUGCCAACCGCGAGAGAACGCAUUUUUACGUUUCAACACUAAUUCUAGUCAGCUUUUAUGCGAUAUUCACGAACGCCUGACAAGCUUUGGUACGAUUACUGCUUCAACUACAUUUCCUGGCGAAUCUCUAAUUGAGGAACCUGAACACUGUUCUGUGAACGUUGAAUCUAAACUUAUUGUCAGAACAUUCGAUGUUGAUGGCAAACCAUGUACCAGUGGUGGAGAUCCAUUAGAUGUGUCGAUUAAAUCAAAAUCUGGAGAAGAUGUCAGCGUAACCAUUAAUGAUCUAAAUGACGGUACAUACGAGAUUAGUUUCACCGUUUGCGAGCAUGGAUUAUACACUGCAGUAGUUAACAUAUUCGGGAGGCCCUUGAAAAAUAGUCCUCUGCCAAUUCAGAUAUAUUCCCGCCAUAAAGCCAAAUGGCAACUUAAUGCGGAGCUUCUUCAACCAACUAGAGUAUGUAUUGUGGAAAAUAUGUUCUAUGUUCUAGACACGGGUCAUUGUCAAGUGCGAGUUUUCAAGGAAAAUGGUGAUCUCAUUAACGAAAUAAGAGCCAAAUGCUUAGAAGGAAACUCAGCUGUAGGAAUGGUAGUACUAAACAGUGUAGAGUUGGUAAUUCUUAAUUGGCGAACGAAAACAUUGACAAAGCUAACCAACAAAGGCGAGGAAAUUCAGGCUGUAACAUUCUCAGAAUUCCAAGAGCCUAUCGAUCUAGCUUUAGAUAAAAAAGGAAGGUUCAUCAUUGCUGAUGAAAAUAAAGUGUUUGUUUUCGAUCCAUCGUUUCGCCCCCUGUUUAGUUUCCCUGCUAGAGAUAAAAGAAUAUCAGGAGUUAAAGCAGGACUUGAUGAUGACAUUCUAGUAUCUACCACAAUGGGCUUGCUUCUGUAUAGUUCUACAGGGAAGUUUUUAAGAAGCAUUGAGUUGGGACCAAAAAAUCACAGAGGAAAACUCAUGUCAACAUCAGCAACUGUGUGUCCAACGACUGGUGUAAUUAUAUCAGGAACAUUGGACAUAAAGUCUAAUAAAACCUAUCUAUCGAUAUGUUCUUACAAAGGAGUCUUCAACUUUUGGAUAGAAGCUUGUGAUACCCCGCUGCGAAGUAUUAGUUGCAUUACUUUAGGAAUUGGUAAACACCAGGGAACGUGCUUCAUUAUCGAUCACAUAACCAAUUGUAUGAAAAAGUUUAGGUAUAAGUAA